AUGAAUACUAUUUUACGUAUUUCAUUUUUCCUCACAUACUGUUUUACAGCGAUCUCUGGUCACGGUUAUUUAAUUAAUCCACCUGCCCGUAGCUCAGCAUGGCUUGUUGAUCAAUCGUUUCGACAAUGUUGCACCUAUUCUAACCAUAUGGAAAUGUUCUGCGGUGGCACUCAACACCAAUGGGCAACUCAUGGUGGUAAAUGUAGUAUUUGUGGUGAACCAUAUGAUAGAGUAAAUAAGGUAUUUGAAAAAGGUGGAGCUAUGUAUCUUGGUAAGAUUGUGAAGACAUACAAUCAAGGACAACAAAUUGAUGUUACAGUUGUAUUAACAGCAAACCAUAAAGGUUACUUUGAAUUUCGUUUAUGCAGUUUGGAUAGUAAUCCAAACUCAGAAGCUACACAAGAUUGUCUUGAUCGUCGUGUAUUGAAAAUUGCUGGUACCGAUUCGACAAAGUAUCGCGAUGUUGAUAAAUAUGGUUCAGAAGCAAUUACUGUUCGCCUUCAACUUCCUGCCGAUGUAGCUUGUCGUCAUUGUGUUUUUCAAUGGAAAUAUGUAACAGGUAACAGUUGGGGUACUGAUCCAUUCACAGGUCAAUCAGGUCUUGGUAUGGGUAUUGAAAAUGAGACAUUCAUGGGCUGUGCCGAUAUCUCCAUUGUUGCUAAUGGUACACCUGUAAAUACUCUACCGCCGAUUGAUAUAACUACCGGAACUUUAUCUACGUCAACAAGUCGUCCAGAAGUAACAACUGCUCAAGCUACAACAUCACGGCCAUCAGGUGGUGUCACAACGUGGUCAGCCAGCAAUGUUCAAUAUAAAACCGGCGAUAUUGUUAUGUAUGAAGGUUCUAAAUAUCUUUGUGUUCACGAUCAUACAUCAUUUCCCGGUGCUGAACCAAGUCCAGUUACAUGGGCAUGGUGGAAACGUAUCGACUAA